CACAUCCAAAAAGGAGGAGGAAGAAGAGGAGGAAACUGGAUAUAUGGGCCCGGUUUCCCAAAGGCAUGUUAAGGCAUCCAAUGGUUCCAACGAUGAAGUUAGCAGUAAGAUGGUUUUGGAAAACCGGUCCCUGAAUAACACUAGAGAGAGGCGUGACUACCGUGGAUCCUCUGGGGAGCCUCAACAACAUCAUGAAGCUGGCGAGGCAGAGAAGACUCUCUCCACAUCAGAACAUCUCAAGAAACAGCAGCGGAAACGCACAGGGAAGAAAUCUCACCGCUGCUCUGACUGUGGGAAGAGAUUCACCUCUUCAGCAGACCUCAAAAGACAUCAGAGAAUCCAUACAGGAGAGAAACCUUAUAGCUGUGAUCAAUGUGGGAAGAGAUUUACUGAUCUAAGCAGCCUGAAAAGACACCAGAGAAUUCACACGGGAGAAAAACCUUAUAGCUGUGAUCAAUGUGGAAAAAGUUUUAAUGUUCCAAGCAGCCUGAAAACACACCAGAGAAUUCACACGGGAGAGAAACCUUUUAGCUGUGAUCAAUGUGGGAAGAGUUUUGUUUCAUCUAGCCAGCUGACUGUACACCAGAGAAUACACACAGGAGAGAAAUGUUAUAGCUGUGAUCAAUGUGGGAAGAGUUUUGUUUCAUCUAGCCAGCUGACCGCCCACCAGAAAACACACACAGGAGAGAAAUCAUAUAGCUGUAAUCAAUGUGGGAAGAGAUACUCUGGUAAAAGAUCUCUGAUCAGACAUCAGAAAAUACAUACAUGAAUGAGUUGUUCCAUAAUAUCAAUAAAAUGUCUCAAUGUAGAACCCUAAACAUUUUCACCCUGUUCUAUUGAUAUCAGUGUGAUAUGAAGACUAGCCUCAUCAGGGGGAAAAUACAGGUUCUGAAAUGAAAGAGGACAAUUACAAAAUACAAACAAAUGUAAAUUAAGUGAUUAACAAAAAGUGUUGUGUGACACUUAUCUCGUCGGUGACCCACUUGAAUCAAAAUGUAGCUGGCUGUUUUCAAG